AUGGGAAUCAAAUUCCUAGAGGUUAUUAAACCUUUUUGCAGUAUACUGCCAGAAGUGACGAAACCCGAACGAAAGAUUCAAUUUCGGGAGAAAGUUCUAUGGACAGCAAUAACACUUUUCAUUUUCCUCGUUUGUUGUCAAAUUCCUCUCUUCGGAAUUAUGUCAUCUGACUCAGCCGAUCCUUUCUAUUGGAUUCGUGUGAUUCUCGCUUCAAAUCGUGGUACAUUAAUGGAACUUGGUAUCUCACCGAUCGUCACAUCAGGUCUUAUUAUGCAAUUGUUGGCUGGUGUGAAGAUCAUUGAAGUUGGCGACACGCCUAAAGAUCGAGCACUCUUCAACGGUGCACAGAAACUCUUCGGUAUGGUCAUCACAAUUGGUCAAGCAAUUGUCUACGUUAUGACGGGAAUGUACGGUGAUCCAUCAGAAAUUGGCGCUGGUGUUUGUCUUCUCAUUAUCAUUCAACUUUUCGUUGCUGGCCUCAUUGUUUUGCUUCUCGAUGAGCUUCUUCAGAAAGGAUAUGGUCUUGGCUCGGGAAUUUCUCUCUUCAUUGCGACAAACAUUUGCGAGACGAUUGUGUGGAAAGCAUUCUCACCAGCAACUGUCAACACUGGACGUGGAACAGAAUUCGAAGGUGCUGUCAUUGCAUUGUUCCAUCUUCUUGCAACACGUCAAGAUAAAGUUCGAGGUCUUCGUGAAGCCUUCUAUCGUCAAAAUCUUCCCAACUUGAUGAAUCUUUUAGCAACCGUACUCGUCUUUGCUAUAGUCAUAUACUUCCAAGGUUUCCGCGUUGAUUUGCCAAUUAAAUCAGCACGUUAUCGUGGUCAAUACAGCAGCUAUCCUAUCAAACUGUUCUAUACAUCGAACAUUCCAAUUAUUUUACAAUCAGCUUUGGUCUCAAAUCUUUACGUGAUCUCGCAGAUGUUGGCCGUAAAAUUCCAUGGAAACUUCCUCGUAAACUUAUUGGGAGUUUGGGCUGAUGUUGGUGGUGGCGGCCCAGCUCGUUCCUAUCCAAUUGGUGGGCUUUGUUAUUAUUUAUCGCCACCCGAGAGUCUCGGCCACAUUGCAACAGAUCCCGUCCAUGCCGUUCUUUACAUUAUCUUCAUGUUGGGUUCGUGUGCUUUCUUCUCAAAGACAUGGAUCGAUGUGUCGGGAAGCUCUGCAAAGGAUGUCGCCAAGCAAUUGAAAGAACAACAAAUGGUGAUGCGAGGACAUCGUGAAAACUCGAUGAUUCAUGAAUUGAAUCGUUACAUACCGACUCGUCGACGAAAACCACCAGAGACUCAGUUGGCUGAUUUCCUUGGAGCGAUUGGCUCAGGAACUGGAAUCCUUCUCGCUGUCACUAUCAUUUAUCAAUACUUUGAAAUCUUCGUAAAAGAACAAUCGGAGAUGGGCAUGGGCGGUUUACUCUUCUAA